UUGUGAAAAAGCUACGAGAACCCUAAAUAAUAGAAGGUUUGAACAUCUUCUUUAAUCAGGGUGACCUAUCGUGAAGUGCAUCCGACUCAUGAGCAUUAGGCAUAAUAGCUACUGUAUGAAAUGCCGCAUCCACCGAUCUUGAAGGCGAACAUAUACAUCCAGUAAGGUGAAAGUAUACAAAACGGACGGUAGGGGCGCUCUUUUCUCGAUGGCCAGAUUAACCAUCUCCGAAGAGCUAGGUUGACCCAAAUAAGAGUCAGGUUCGCCACCCUGAACCGCCAACUUGAACUUCAAGGAUAUUUAAUUGAGUUAUUUUCGGACAGUGGUCCUCGCUUUAAAGCGAUUAGGAGUGACAAAUAACCUUUUUUUGGCAUGUCUGACAACAAAAUUGUUUGAUACGCCAUUUUGUACGACAGCUAAAUCAAUUCAAGAUUGAAGUUACAAUCCUAAGGACAUGCAGUGAGAACUUGAUUUGGAUGGCACCAUUGUGACCUUGUUAUUGUUAUUUCUCUCGUGCCUAUUUCCCAUGUGCUUUUCGUCGAACCGGCGUGGUUAAAUUGUGAAUUGUGCUUUAUCCACAGUUUUUAGUUUCAAAUGUUUUAAUCAUGAGCACCAGGAGCAAGUUACUGCUUAGCCUGAGUCAGGUUGAAACUGUUGCCAGCAAGAGAAAGCCUCUAGCAGAAGUAAAUAACAAUAGCGGCCAUUGCAAGUUAAACAAAAGGCGGCUCUUCUCUAGCACAGAUAAGUCAGAAAAAGCCAAAGUAGAAAGUCCAUUAAAUUCCAACUCGGAGGUCAUUGACGUAUGUUUACCGGUAAUAGAUGAAAGUAUUGAAGUUAGUAAAAGGUGGAAAGUGAUUGUAGACAAUAAUUCUGAGAGUUCAGCGGCAAUUGUGCCAGAAAUAAGUUCAAUUUGUGACUCAGCACAUACCCCAACUUCACAAGAUCACCUGCAAACAAAAUUCACAACUCCUAAGUCCAACACUUCUGCAUUAGGUGCCAAACCAACUCCACCCCUAGAAACUCAAGACUCACAAGCCGAGACUCCUGUUCAGACAAUUUUUUCCACUCCGUUAACAUCUCUAAUAGGCACAGCAUCAACUCCGAUCGAUAGAGAUGAAACCAAUACCUCAUCUGAUUUGUCAAAUCCCACUGCAACAAAUCAACUAAGCUCUGUUCAAGAAAAAUUGAAAAUCCCUCCUCUAAACUCCAGCUUAUUGCUAACAGAUGCCCAUACACAACCUAAUGAAAGUCAGGCAGAAGUCACCCCUGUUACAUUGCAUACCGAUCAAUCACCUAAUGAAGAAAAGCAUCCUUUGGUCAAGUUUUUAAGUAGCAGUGUGGAUGGCCAAGCCAUAUUACAAUGCUACAAAGCUCACUCUAAAUUAACUGACAAAAAAAGGAAUGAGUUAGCUGAUUUAUUAAUCCGAAAAGAAUUUGGGGACAACCCAAAUAAACAAAUAUUGGCCUCCGAUUUUUACCGAAUCACAGAUCAAAUUAAGCAAGUUUUCCCCCUGGAACGGACUGAUACCUAUUAUGUUCCAUCAUUUGCUGAUAAAAAUAGAAGAACACUGCCAAGUGGGAAACUAUAUAAUAAAUACUUCAAUAUUUGCAAAAAAUACAAGAAUGAUGGAAUUCGACGCAAGAGAGGGUACCGCAAAGAAGAAACGGUGGAUUCUUUCAAUUACAACUUAGCUGAAGUGAGUGAUGAGGAACACCAAGCAUGCAUCGAAUGGCUUUAUUCUUACAUCACGCCUUGGGAUCUGGUAAUAAAUAAGUGGAAAUUAACUGCGCAUCGAAGAUUACAUUCAUUUGAAACAUUAGACCUUGAUAUCAAUGAAUAUGUACAAGCAUUUCCAUGUCUGAGCAAAACAUCUCAAGUAGCAGACCUGAUCGAGAUUGAUUUUUCUGUAAAAUACGGACGGCAAAGACACUGCUUGUUCAACGCUUGGACACACCUGAAGAAGUCUCUCAUCACUUUUGCCCAAGAUAAAAUUAAGUACGAUCAGUCCUUCAAGAAUAACGUUACAAAAUUGGGGCUUGAUCUCGAAUCCGAAUGUGAAAUUGCCAGCAGUGUUGUUGCCGUAUAUGUGUUCCUCCUCCUUGUGCCCACGGCAACCUUGUCUGGGAAGAGAAAGCGGAAAGCAGCAGAAAAUCAGUCCGAUGACACCGUGGUCAACACUAAAGUUUGGCGACCCUCUCGCGAUGAGGUAGUGAAAUCUUUCAUCAUCCAAGUCCCAUCAUCGAGCUCUUUGGAAGAUGAUCUAGAGGCCCGCAUUAGUCACUGUGUUAAUGCCAAUCUUAAAUGCCAGGCUUUUAUUAUUUUAGUGGGAGAAAAUCCAUUUUCUUACAUUGUAUACUUCAAUCGAAAACGCUUCUUUGUGGAAGAUGUACAGAGCGCUGUUGAUCUUUGUUUUAAAAUUUUAAUGGUGUUUGGAGCAGAGUAUCCAAGCGAAUGCAUCUCGGCUUGGACAUUCUUGCAAAAAUUUAUCUAUAACAUCACCACCCCAUAUGAUAUAAAUAUGCCAAGUCUGGCAACUUUUGCGGCAGACUUAGGUCUCCUUUGAAAAUCUAGAUUCCAUUUCGAAAAAUGCCUUUUUGCUCAGUUUGUAAGACAUGGGGAGUAAGUCGUAAUUUUAGUGAUGUAAGUAAAUUAUUGAAGCAUAUCAAAGAUAUACAUCCAAAACAAAAAGAAUUAAUUUGCGGCGAAAAAAACUGUAGUCGCUCAUAUUCCGAGAGAAGAGAAUUCAUCAAGCAUUUUCGAAAAGAACAUAGUUUCUCUGUAGUAUCUCAGGUAAAAGAGCAAGCCCUCAUAAGUAAUAAUUUUAGGUCAUUGAAUCAGAAAGGCAGCGAUAUUAAUAAUUCUCUUACUGCCACUGUAAACACACGGUCAGAUACUUUCACUGUAGAUGAAUGCGAUGUAAGUUUUCCUGCUAAUGAUGAUAUUCCUUCCUCACCUCAAAAUGAAGAUAAUUUUAAUUUUCCAGAAAAGUUAACUGAUCAACUAAUCUCUUUCAUCAUAAAACUUUAUAGUCAUUCAUCCAUACCUAGGAAUCAAAUCCAAAUUAUCAUUGAAAAUGUUUCUAAUUUGUUCAAUUUUUUCACUGCUUCACUGAAGAAGCAGGUAACCUUAUUAAUUAGCAAAUUUCCCCAGUUUGAAGAGACGCAGAAUGAAAUCGACAAUUUUUUUUCCCAUUAUGAAAAUAUUUUCCAUAAGUAUGGCAGUGAAUAUAAACGUUUUAAAAAAUUUGAAGAAAGAUCCCUAUUGAUAAAACCUGUGCCGUACGCUAUUGGCGAAUUUAUUACUCAAAAGAAAAUUGGGAACAAAAGAUUACCAACUGCUGUAGAUUUAGAAGGACAUCAUAUUCCCCUGACCAAAAUAUUCACUGCAUUUUUCAACAAAGAAGGGGUAUUAAAGACUAUAUUAGAUUAUCAAAAUAGCCUUCUUGCUGAUCAUGAUAGCAUGUCCAAUAUUAUACAGGGACAGUAUUGGAAACAAAUGGUAAAAGACGAUUCUCGCUCGCUGAUACCUUUUUUUUUGUUUAAUGAUGACUAUGAGUCAGGGAAUCCGUUAGGUAGUCACAGUGGCUUACAUAAAUUAAGUGGUACCUAUGUCUCCCUACCAACUUUGCCCCCUCAAUAUAGAUCAAAAUUGGAAAAUAUUUUCAUGACCCUUCUCUUUCACUCCUCUGACAGAAAAAAAUUCGGUAAUUGGUGGACUUUUUCAGUGUUAAUUCAAGAAAUCAAUGCAAUACAUAAAAAUGGAAUUAAGGUCAAGACCACUUACUUCACAGGAACAGUUUAUCCUGUUUUAGUUUUGCUUUGUGGAGAUAAUUUAGGAUUGCACGGCUUAUGUGGUUUUGCUGAAAGUUUUAGUUGCAAUUUUCCCUGUAUGUUCUGCAAGAUGCCCAAAGAAGAAAUCAAAUUUGCAUGCACUGAAAAUGUUUCACUUUUACGCAACAAGUCCAAUUAUGAAGCUGAUGUGAAAACCAACAAUGUAUCAUUAACUGGCAUCAAAGAAACUUGCUACUUUAAUAAAAUUUCUGAAUUUUUUGUGCUAGACAACACCUCGUUUGAAGUUAUGCAUGACUGUUUAAAAGGAAUAUUUGUGUAUGACUUAGUAGAAAUUUUAAACAAUAUUAUUUCUCUUCCUGAUAUGUCCUUAAAAAUUCUAAAUGAUCGCCUUGAAAACUAUGAUUUUGGACCAAUAGAUAGUGGGAAUAGACCAUUAGCAAUUUAUGCUGAAGAACUCUCUGGUGACAAAUUGAAAAUGACAGCUGCUGAAAUCAUAGUUUUCACGACUCAUUUGGGGCUAAUAAUUGGCGAUAAAGUGCCAGAGGGUGAUCCAUUCUGGGAACUGUACUCAUUUAUGCGACAAAUUAUGGACAUUGUCUUUUCUCCAUCCAUUUCCUUAGAAAGUGUUAAAAAAAUUAGUUCCCUUGUUGAAGGGCAUAAUAGUUUAUAUCUUAUGUUAUCAGGGCAGUCUUUAAAACCCAAGUUUCACAAUUUGUUACAUUAUCAGACCCAUUUUGAAAAAUUUGGUCCUCUUAUUCACCUUUGGGCAAUGCGUUUUGAAGCAAAGCACCGACAAUCUAAAAUGGCAGGGAAUGUGAUCGCAUGUCGCAAGAAUUUAACCUACUCUUUAAGUCUAAAGCAUCAAUUACAGUUUAUGAGUCUUCUUUUGAGUGAUUUUGAGAAACCUUUUGUUGAACUGAGUCCUAAAGCAUUUUGGAUUAAAAAAAAUGACAUAGAAUUACCUGAAAAUGUGUCUUUUGCAGAAACUGUUUCAGAGGAAUUACUCAGCACUGCUUGGGUGAAAUACAAUGGAAUUCCCUAUGCAGAAGGAUCAACUAUUCUUUAUGACACUGAAAAUGAUUUGCCCAAAUUUUUUCACAUUCAGUCAAUUUAUGCAAAUGAGAGUGAUGAUGUUUUGUUUGUUUGCAGAGAUAUAUUGGUCUCAAAAUUUGAUGCUCAUUAUCAUGCUUACAAAAUAGAAUUACUAGAUUCCUCGUCCAUCAUUGAGGCCAAAAAUAUUAAAAUCCAUUCAUAUUGUAAUAUCUCAGUUGUACCCAAUGGACAAAAGUUCAUAACUCUACGACAUAAAUGGUGAAAUUACACCUGCAAUACUUUGUAUGAAACAUUUUCACUAUAAGAAUUUUAUAAGAGCAAUUAAAGUUGAAUAUUAUGUGUCAUUCUUUGAUCUGCUUCAAAUUAGUCUCUAGGUGCCUUGAAUGUUGUUUUUAUUAAGUUUUUAUACUUGUCAAUGAAAUGGAGGUGGCUAUUCAAAACUCAUUUUUUUCUUGUAUUGUCAGUGUGGUGUCUAUUGCAUAUUAGUAUUAAUGUUUGUGCUCCUCAAACUCAAACACUGUCCCACAAAUAUAUAUUUCGGACAUCACAAGCAAUUCAGGUGUAUUCACAUCUAAAGAGACUAUCUCCAUUGUGACAUGAGCCUUAAGACACAGUAGAAUACAAGCAUGGCAAGGCUUGCGUCAAAAUGGACAUCGUUCCUUUUGGUGUGAAAAUUUCUAUUUCCAUCUCUUGUUCCAGUAAAGUUAUGAUCUUUGCCUCUGUGCAAGCUCAUAAUAUUUAAUUAUAUUGUCAGCGCAAAUUUUUUAAGGUCAAACUACUUUUUAAAAAAUGCGCUGUUUUCCUAUCUCUGGCUCUGAUUUGUGUUUCCUAAAUUGUAGUCUGCUCUACUGAGCAAUUCAAGUUUGAGUCGUGUUUCUUAAAGUAUAGUCUGCUCUACUGAGCAAUCCAAGUUUGACUCAAUUCCUAAUGUUCCCCACCUACAUGUAUUUUAAAAACUUUAGACUGAUUUUUUUCUCAGGAAUUACUUGUGUUUUGUGUUCUUUGACUGAAUAAUAUCUGUAGUUUUAAUUUAAUAAUAUUAGGUGUGUCUCAUCAAGGAUUUAGAACUGUGGUUCGUCCUUGGAGCAAUCAACAUUCAAAUUAAUUUCUGUUGUUUCUACUUACAUUUUUAGCUUAAGACUGAAAUAUUUCUCAAGUAUUACUUCUGUUUUGCUUUCCCUGACUUAAUUAAUAGCUUUUAUUUUAAUUUAAAUAUACUGGAUGUGUUUCACUUGUGGGUCUAGAACUGUGGUUCGUCCCAGAAGCAAUCAACGUUCAACUUAAUUUUUGUUGUUUCUACUUAAAUUUUCAGCUGAAGACUGAUGUUGCAGGUUUUACUGUCAUUUUAUUUUUAUAAAUAGUUUUAAGUUAAAACUAUUCCUACUUAAAUUUCAUGCUGCAGUAAGUUGUGUGUCUUAAAUUGUGGUUUCUUUUCCUGAGAAAUCCCCAUGUGACUUUAUAUCUACUGUCAACUCCCUACUUGUAUUUAACACUUGAGUCUGGGUUUUUCAGCAGGCCUUACAACUAUUUUAGUUUUUUUUUUUCUUUGUUUAAGUUUAAUGUGCUCCUCUAUAUUUAUAUUUUCUAUUUGUUGUAAGUUAAAGUUAUUGUGAGGCAAUGUUCACCAACCUCUUAGGUGUAAUCACAUGUUAUCUUAGGAAUGACUUACACAAAUGGCUCAACCUAAUUUUUUGGUGCUCUACUAUCUGAUGCUAUUACCAAAACUACUCAUUUGCUCUCUCAAUAUCUGGUAAUCUGUGUUAAAUUUUUCACAAUAGUUGCAGCCAUUAUUUCAAUUUACAAUUUUUCCUUGCUGCUAAGUCAAAAAUCAGGCUCAUAUAGACUUCACAUAUUUAUCAAGAAGGUAUGGUUGGCUUUCACUUCAUAUGAAAUAAUUUGAAUUGCCUCCUCCCUCAAUUCUUUUAAAAGUCCAAGUUUUUUUUUUUUUUUUUUUUUUUUACUUUAAAUUUCAAAUAGGUAGCUUCUUUGAUUUUAAUCAGAACUGUUUUCUGAUGUUAAAUUGUAGGUAUUAAUUUCCUCACUGGCAUAGAUGCCAAGCACAGCUCAUGUCCUCUGCGAAUUUUAAAUUAUAUUUGUAGUCACAAAAAUUGUAAAGUAUUCCUUUUGAUUGUGCACGAUUCAGUUCAUUCAAAUUCGCCUCUUUUCUAAGUAAUUCUCACAUUUUUGCAAAACUGAGUGGCUCAAAUUACCAAGCAGCAUCAGAUAAAACCGUGUGCCCAUUUGUGUUGUCUUUCAAUUUCAUCUCUUAUAAAUGUUUAAUUUUUGUUCUCAUCUUUUAAAUUUUUUCGAUUAAGUUAUAAAAUCAUUAUUCUACUA